UGACCCCCCUUUUUUUUUGGGUUUCCCCCCCAGAGAGGCGAUGGCCGACGACCUGGACUUCGAGACGGGGGACGCGGGGGCCUCGGCCACGUUCCCCAUGCAGUGCUCGGCCCUGCGCAAGAACGGCUUCGUCGUCCUCAAGGGCCGCCCCUGCAAGAUCGUGGAGAUGAGCACCUCCAAAACGGGCAAACACGGCCAUGCCAAGGUACCCAGGGACCCCAAAAUAUCCCAAAUGUGUCCCAAAAUAUCCCAAAUGUGUCCCAAAAUAUCCCCUGAGCAGCCACGGCCCCAGAGAAGCAACCACGGCCCUACAGAGACACACCCAGAGCCCAUCCCGGAGCCUUCCCUGGGCUCUGAGCCCACCCCAGACACCCCCUCACACAGCCCUGAUAUCCCCAAAAACAGCCCCAAAACGGGCAAACACGGCCAUGCCAAG